UAAUAUUUUGUAAAUUUAAUAUACAUGCAUGGCAUGUGUACCCGUAUAUGUACAUCAUCAUUGAUGUCACAUGUCUUUUGUGUAUGUCUUCUGUCUGUGUAAAGUCAGUAGCUGUUUGCCUGACUGCAGUGAUGAAGAGUACUGUGCUCAUUUUUGCUCCUCUGUGUUGGCUCCUUUGUUGGACGCUUCCAGUUGGCUCCAAGAUGAUCACUUUCACUUCACAAGAUGCCAAGAAGGCCACCACCAUCCCAUUGAACAUGACUGAAAAUGCUGUUGAUGACAUGUACUUUGGCUGCAAUGCAAAGAUGGCAGAAAAAGUCAAAGACAAAUACUUUGGAAAAGAGAACAAGGAAUUAUUUAAUACUGUCUGGAAACAGGCAGAACAGUGUGCAACAGAUAGAUUUAAGCAAAAAGAUAAAGAAGAUGAGGAUUUAACUAAGAAUCACAUGCAAGCAAUCUGCGUUUAUACAUCUGGGGGCAAGUUUUAUGAGACCUUCAAUGAUGCAGUCCGGACAAACAGAAAAAACUAUGGCACCUCCUUUAAAUUCCACUCCCUACAUUUCUGGCUGACAACUGCUGUGCAGAUCCUCAGGGCAAAACAAGGCUGUCACAUCACCUACCGCAGAACCGAAGCUGAGUUUACUGGGGAAGUCAACAAGAUAAUUCGGUUUGGUUAUUUUACCUCCACCUCUUUAAGAACAAACCUUACAAGAUUUGGUAAAGUGACCUGCUUUAAAAUUAAGACCUGUUUGGGUGCUUACUUGAAGAAAUAUCCACACCUUAAAGACAAAGAGCAAGAAGUGCUCAUUCCCCCUUAUGAGAUGUUCAACAUAACUAACAGAGUAGAGAAUAAAUUUGUAGAAAAUCUGAAUGACUGUGAGAGAGUGUAUUUCCUGGAAAGUGCAGGAGUCAGCAGCAAUCUAAACUGUCGCGCUGUAAAAUAAGUAAAGGACCAGUCAUACUUCUUCAACCAGUGGAGCAAAGUUAGCAUUUAAUCUUGUUUGGCAAACAACAUGCACAUACUCCUCCUAAAAUCCAAGCUCAUUCCAAUGUAACUCUGCAUUCUCCUCAACCCCUAAGUUCAUGCUUGAGGGGUCCUUUCAUCAUUGCAGGCUUAGUUUCCAUCAUUUCUCCAUAUGUUGAUCAACAACAUGAGCAACAAUUCUGUAGAGUUUCUAAAAGGCAUUCUUGUUGGGCUUUUGCACUUACGAGCAUCUCUAUGUGUAACAAAUAUUUUGUUUUGAAAUCUUCUGAAAGAAAUCAAUAAAUUUGUCAAAGAGCAAAAAUGUGUUUUGUUUCCCUUAAUGAAUGGC